AUGGCAAAUGUGAUUCAUUACACCAAACUCGGAGGCUGCUUUUUUAUUGCAGCAUUAACAAGUUUCAUGUUGAGCAACGCAUUUGCUGAUUGCAGAAAAGUUGAAACACUGAAAACCGAAGCGUCCGUGAAGCACAACAAAGCAGUCAUCAAAACUAUAAAGGGAGAGGGCGAAGAUUUGAUAGAUUGUGUUGAUAUCUAUAAGCAGCCAGCUCUUAAUCACCCUCUUCUCAAAAAUCACACUAUACAGCUGAAACCAAGUGAAACUGAAACCGUAAGUUGUGUUCAAGAUGAGAUCUUUCAAUCUUGGAGUCAGAAUGGAGAGUGCCCGGACGGAACAAUCCCCAUUGUGCGACGAACACAGGGAUUUGAGCACCCUCCAUCUAAAACAAUGCCACAGUUUGAGCCCAACAAACUUGAGUUCAUCCCUCCUCCUCAUCAUGAGUAUGCCCAAGUUAGUUUGCACGGUGGUCAAUACUAUGGAGCGCAAGCAGGAUUUAAUGUAUGGAACCCAGCAGCAUAUAAUGCAGACAACAGUAUAGCCCAGAUAUGGGUUGUGCGAGGUAACGGAAAAGCACUGAACAGUGUAGAAGCUGGGUGGAUACGUAUGAACCCGCGUGACAAUCGAACGCUCUUGUUCACAUUUUGGACUGGAGAUGGUUACCAAUCCACUGGUUGCUACAAUCUUGAAUGUCCUGGUUUCGUCCAAACAAGCAAAAAAUUUGCCCUUGGCGUUCCAAUAUCACCUAUUUCUGGGUACAAUGGGAAGCAAACACAAAGUGGACAUUGGUGGCUUCAAGUGCAAAAUGAGGCAAUAGGAUACUGGCCUGACACCAUCCUCCCAAACCUAAGAGGCAGUGCUGAAUUGGUUAGUUGGGGAGGGGAGAUUUACGAUUCACAAGCUGAUGGUCAUCACACAUCUACUCAAAUGGGGAGUGGUCAUUUUCCUGAUGAAGGAUUUGGGAAAGCCAGCUAUGUUCGCAAUCUCCAAUACAUGGACGAUUCUUCGCCUCUCACUUUCAAAGAUCCUGCUGGUCUUCUAACUUUUGUGACAAAGCCUUCAUGCUACAAUUUAAUUGUUAAAGACAAAACCCCAAACAUGGGAACCCAUUUCUAUUAUGGAGGUCCUGGGUUUUCAGCAACAUGUCCUUAG